AUGGUACACGUCAAACGCGUGGAGCUCCACAUGUACGUCGCAUCUGUGCGCGGUGGGAAAGAGGAGAGUUUCGAGGAGCUCCGCGUCGAAGACUAUAUCCAUGCAUACGAAAAGACUGGGAAACCCCCAGCACCGUGCCCUCAAGUGCCAACCGACGACGCUGAGCGCGCCACGCUUGGUCUGCCACCUUUGUUCAAGCCUCGGACGGUCGUGCCACCCGAAUUCCCAGAAACGCAUGUCUUCCGGCCGACGGCUGACCCGUAUGACAAGCAUAACGUGUUUCAUUCCAUCGUCUUCCAGCCCGAUUUCUGCAAUUGGUCUUUCGAGGAAUUGCGGUGCUCGGCAUAUGCAGACGAUAAGAAGUACAUGCCCGUGCCCGUCGUACACAAAGUAUCACCCGCUGUCAUAAUAGAUGGCGAAAAGAACUCAGAUUUCCUGGACUGCAUCUCUAGCAUGCCGGCGUACCAGAAGCACAGCUUCGAGGAGUUGCGACUAGCAUACAUUCGCUAUGGCCGACAACUCACCUCUGCGGAGAUCUUCUCACGAGCACAGAAGCGCAUCAGACCUGCUUGA